AUGCCUACCUAUCCGAUUCGUCGCCGCCCUCGUGAGUGCAAGACCUGUCUGCCCUGUCGAGCCAGCAAAGUCCGUUGCGAUCGCAAUGUACCCUGCGGAAAUUGCGUGAAGCGCAACUUCAACUGUUCCUACGGUCGCCCGCCCCCAACGACCCCCAAGCCGGCGCUGGUAAGCGAAUCUUUCCCUACGACAGCCUCGACAGCCUCUACGCCUCAAUAUUCUGCUACCUACCUGUCCACCGCGCGAGAUGUGCCCUACGGUGCCGAGGCCCCCGAUGACUCGCUCUCCGACACCGUGAACGUGUCGCAGAUGGAAUGGGACGAGAUAAAUUCCAAGAUGCAAGCAAUGGAACAGAUCUUGUCCAGUCUCCAUUCCUUGUUUCAGUCCCAUUCUGCCCGGCUUACCGAGCCCCAGUCCGAAGCACCGACGAUGGAGGAAAAACACACACCGACAACCGAGGGAAUAUAUGGGGCCAACGCCUUGAAAACGGGGCCGGUACAUAUUGGUUCGCGGUCGGCGUUAGUGGAUAUAUUGAAUAAGUCGAAAGGAUCAGACGGGACGGCGGACGCACUCCCCAAGGAUGAUCUCCUGGCAGAGCUGGCGCUCGGGAAUGAGUCUGCCGCAUAUCCCUUCGUGGAUCUGUGGUCGUCGGAUCCAUACACCUUCAAUAUUGCAGGCGUAUGCGGUGUGCUGCCGGAUGACGAGCAAUGUCGAAAGUUUCUAGGGUAUUACCGGGAUAUCGGUGCGGUUCUUUAUCCCGUGCUUCCGAACAUCGCCAAGCUGGAGGACGAUAUGAAUCGAUUACUUCGAGGGAGGCUGGCUGCGGGAGGUGUCUAUCGGCCCGACGCCAAUGGGUUAAUGAAGCCGUUCGGCAUGAGUUUACCUUUCCUGAGUCUGCUCUUUGCCGUCCUCGCGUCGGGGUGUCAAUUGUCCGAUUUGUCAGGAAGCCAACGAGAGUUGACCUCAUGGGUUUAUGUGUCGUGUUCGUACCAGUGUUUGCGCAUGAUGAACUAUGUGGCUCAACCGACUAUCGAAGUCAUCCAGGUCCUGUUGAUAAUCAGCAACGUGCUAUCAUAUAACAUGAACGCCGGUGCAUCAUAUACCUUACUCGGAAUGACAGAGCGAAUGUGCAUGGUACUUGGUCUUCACGUCCAGACCUCGGGGUUUUCGCCAGCUGCUCAGGCGAUACGGCGAAGGUUAUGGUGGACAAUGGCUUUCCAGAACAGCCACUUCUCCCUGGCUUACGACCGGCCGUCGAUCACCAUGGUCAGCCAGCCGGAAAUUUCGUAUGAUCCGAAGUCGAUGCCGGGUCACCGCUCCUAUUUUGAAACCCUCUGCCGCAUUAUUUCGGUCGUGCUGGAGAUGUUGCGGGGAUUGAUGUUCUCGCACCAUUCUCACCUGCGAUACCAUGAGAUACGCGACUAUAAGCAUCGCAUCGAGCGCAUUAUCACGGAGGCCGCGCCGCAUCUGCGGUACCCGGAAAGAUGUAAUAGUCUGGCACAGAACAUCGAACGGACGGAGUUGCGCCUACACUCCUCAUACUACAUCUCGGUUAUGUGUCGUGUGGCGCUGGAUCCGGAUGCCCCUCUGGAUGAGCACCGUCGCGAGAUUAUUCGUAACGACUGCUUAGUCAAUCUGAUCAACACGAUCGAGGCGUUUGUCGAGCUCCACUCGCUCAAUUCUCACUGUUCGCGCACCUGGAUCAGCCUGCAGCGAUCAAUCGCAUCCGCCUUUCUUCUGGUAGCAAAUAACAAUGACCAGAUCCACACUCAAACGUGGGAUCUGAUCCAAAAAUUAGAGCGCGUCCUCGCGGACCAUGUAUAUGCCGAUGGCGACUCCGGCCAGAACAUCCGGACCGACUCGGCCAAACAUCUCGCCUCGUCGCUGCGAGCGCUUCAGGAGGUGAGCGCGGCGUUCCACUUUCAGCGAAAAGGAGCGUCGGCGCCAGAGACGGCCAACAUCACCCCCAUUUCCCCCGCCACGGCGCUCACGUCCCCAGCAUCGGUCAAUGUCGGUCCCAGCAUCUCGUCCAGCUAUCCGCCGCAGUAUGAGCCACGAAGGGAGAAUGGGCAUAUUGGCGACAUUCUCAACCGGGUGUCGGAUGUGAUGCUCUUCCCGAGCAUGAACAUGGGAAAUGCAUGA